UCGGUCUGCGGCUGCGCACAGCGCGCGUAAGCGCGGUCACGUGACUGCUGCGGACCCGCCAAAAUGGCGGCUUCCUGCUUGGUCCUGUUGGCGCUGUGUCUGCUGCUGCCGCUGCUGCUGCUGGGAGGAUGGAAGCGCUGGCGGCGGGGGCGGGCGGCCCGACAUGUAGUAGCCGUGGUGCUGGGCGACGUGGGCCGCAGCCCCCGUAUGCAGUACCACGCGCUGUCGUUGGCCAUGCACGGCUUCUCGGUGACCCUCCUGGGGUUCUGCAACUCCAAACCCCAUGAUGAGCUUUUGCAGAACAACAGAAUUCAGAUUGUGGGCUUGACAGACCUUCAGAGUCUUGCAGUUGGGCCCCGAGUUUUCCAGUACGGAGUCAAAGUUGUAUUUCAGGCUAUGUACUUGCUGUGGAAGUUGAUGUGGAGGGAGCCAGGCGCCUAUAUCUUUCUCCAGAACCCCCCAGGUCUGCCUAGCAUUGCUGUCUGCUGGUUCGUGGGCUGCCUUUGUGGAAGCAAGCUCGUCAUUGACUGGCACAACUAUGGCUACUCCAUCAUGGGUCUGGUGCAUGGCCCCAAACACCCCAUCGUUCUGCUGGCCAAGUGGUACGAGCGGUUCUUUGGGCGCCUGUCCCACCUGAACCUGUGUGUUACCAAUGCCAUGCGAGAAGACCUGGCGGAGAACUGGCACAUCAGGGCUGUGACCGUCUAUGACAAGCCGGCAUCUUUCUUUAAAGAGACACCUCUGGACCUGCAGCACCGGCUCUUCAUGAAGCUGGGCAGCACGCACUCUCCGUUCAGGGCCCGCUCAGAACCUAAGGACCCAGCCACGGAGCGGUCGGCCUUCACGGAGCGGGAUGCUGGGAGCGGGCUGGUGACGCGUCUCCCCGAGCGGCCAGCCCUGCUGGUCAGCAGCACAAGCUGGACAGAGGACGAAGACUUCUCCAUCCUGCUGGCAGCUUUAGAAAAGUUUGAACAACUGACUUUUGAUGGACAUAACCUUCCUUCUCUCGUCUGUGUGAUAACAGGCAAAGGGCCUCUGAGGGAGUAUUACAGCCGCCUCAUCCACCAGAAGCAUUUCCAGCACAUCCAGGUCUGCACCCCCUGGCUGGAGGCCGAGGACUACCCCCUGCUUCUAGGGUCGGCGGACCUCGGUGUCUGUCUGCACACGUCCUCCAGUGGCCUGGACCUGCCCAUGAAGGUGGUGGACAUGUUUGGGUGCUGUUUGCCUGUGUGUGCCGUGAACUUCAAGUGUUUACAUGAGCUGGUGAAACAUGAAGAAAACGGCCUGGUCUUUGAGGACUCAGAGGAACUGGCAGCUCAGCUGCAGAUGCUUUUCUCAAACUUUCCUGAUCCUGUGGGCAAGCUAAACCAGUUCCGGAAGAACCUGCGGGAGUCGCAGCAGCUCCGAUGGGAUGAGAGCUGGGUGCAGACUGUGCUGCCUUUGGUUAUGGACACAUGACUCCUGGGCCAGAGGCUAAACCCCAGGACCCCUGCUGUCCUUCCCGCAGCUUCUUCUCGGAGUCUCAGGGCAAAUCCUUUCGAGCAGCGCCUCCCAGUGGCCAGAAGCUGAAAUGACGGCAGUGGUGCCGCCUGGUGAAUGAAUUGGUUCUGUGACCCGGGAAGCUGUGGUUGGCCCUAAUUUCUUCUCUGGAGGUUCGGAAACGCUUCCUGUCUUCUUCUGUUCUUCACGCCCCAUGCCCCUGCUAGCGUAUUACUGUUCUGUGACUUCCCUGUGACCUCUGCAGUACUCCUCAUCCUGCGUUUGGUCUCCAGGUGUCACCUUUCUGCCGUCUUCCUAACACUGAUUCCUCUCUUGAAAAAAGCACCUGCUGCACCAUAAGCCCAGGGAUGUGGCAGAUGCAGUGGGCUUGGCUUUGUGAGGAACCGAGUGUGCCCACGUUGGGGGAGCGUCAUACUUGAUACACACGUUUUUAUUUGCACAAAGAAAUGCUAUUUUUGGAGCCACAAUUUUCAUGUCUGAUUUAUGGUGAUUUUCUUAAGAACCAGAACUGCUGGCAGAAAGGGGGCACCCACAUGCUUAGAUAGCUGAUGUCUUAUUAGAGGGCAGUUUGUGGUUCCUGAUUUGGAAUUUAACAUUCUUCAAACAUUCCAGUCCAAUGAAAGUUUUAUCCGCUUUCCCAUAUAAAAAUUCUUCCCACGAUAGUGACUUGAUUCUCA